AUGCUUGCAAACACUGAAACAGGUUUUAGGCUGGCAAUACUCGAUGAAGACUUCUUCUUGGAUCAAUACGUAGAGCACGCCCGAGAGGACAAUUAUACAACAACUCAAUAUGAGAUACCUCCUAAUGAAACUGAGGAUGGUCUGAUCGGAAUAUCAGACAACAAGGGUUAUAUCAAGUUAUUCAACAUACAACAUAACAAAUAUGCAAUUUUUAAAUUAUUCGUGGAAGAUGACAAACAAUUUAUUCCAUUGAACACACCAUGGAAACAAUUUAAAUUUAUUCCUUACAAUCCAUUGUCUACACCUAGAACUUUUAGGGCUAGAUUGCUAAUGGAGGAGGAGAUGCAACAAGAGGAUGCCAUGCCUUGCUAUCAUGAAACUUCCUCAUUCAAAAUUUGUUUUAUUCAAAAUUUCUCUAAUAAGGUGUAUUUUUCGACAAUUCAUUUCGGAAAUUCAUACUUUGAGAAUGACAGCAUUUAUGCACGAUCGUGCAAGGUAUUUUCUUGCGGCCAACACGAGGAUAUUAUUACCUGUAUUGAUGCUGACAGUGAUUAUCUUGUUUCAGGUUCUCAAACCGGUGAAAUUAAGGUUUGGACGCAUAGAGAAGAGAGUAAACAAAACAAUGAAGAUGAGUCAUUCGAGCUCUACUGGACGAUAUCAGGUGCUCACAAGAAAAAUAUUCUUUCAAAAAUUGUAAUUCUUCAAUCAACGGCUGGAGAAAAUAGGGGAACCUUUAUGAUUAGUGGAGGAGGACCAUUUGGAAUUUUACAAAUAUACAAUAUUCAGAAAAAACAAUCUGUUCAACAAAUAGUUUUAGAGUCGAGUCCUCUAAAUUACAUGAAAUGUUUUUUACCUUCGAGUGCCCUUAUUACUUGUAAUGACUUGGGUACAGUGUAUUUGUAUUCUGAAUCAGAAAAGGACAAUUCAUCAUUCCUUAAUUUGAGUAUUAAUUAUUACAUAUUAUCAGAUAAUAAGAUUCGAGUAACUUCUGCGACAUGUUUUUUUAUGGACCAUGAAAUUGUGAAUGUGUUUGCCAUUAUAUUCCUCGAUGAUUCCAACCAAAUUGUGGCAAAUUCAAUAAGAUUCUAUAUUGGUCAAUUACUUGUCAUAGAAUAUUCUUUUGAAACACCAAUUCUAUUUUGUACAGUUUUAAACUUGGAAAAGAGAGUCCACCUCAAAAGCUCAAUACCCUAUGCUGGGUCACAUCUCAUUGCUUGUGACAAGGACGGUAAAGGUCAUGUGUGGCUAAUUAAUGAAAUCAUUGCUCAAAUCAAAGGAAUGGAUUCCCAGAACGAAAAAGCAGACAAGGCCCAGAGUUGCGAAAAGAGCCAAGAGUCUCCUAUUUCCAUUAAAAAUUACUUGCAUGAACCUGAAAAUAGUAUCACCAUGCACAAUGAAGAUAAUGAUGAAACGUGUUCAGACGAAGAGCUCUUUUCAGAUGUCAUGUCCACUAUUACUGAUGUUUCAACCAUCUCACUUCCAAGAGAACCUGCACAUUUACUGCUACCAAACCCUCAUCCUCUCUUCAACAUCAAACCACAAGAAGGAGGAGAUGAUCACUCUGAAAAGCACACUCAGAGUUGGGAGUGUGAAGAGGACCCGGGAGAUCCUAUUCCAACACCACAACCUCGGCCAACUCGAUCAAUUCCUGCGAUUUCACCAUUCCAAAAUCUGCCAGAAUGUGAUUCAAUGAAAAAGUCGUCCCUGAAAGAAGACACAACCAAUGUCAUAUGUGAACCUCCCCAGAGCGAGCAAACAAGUGAACUCGAUGAAUACGGUUUUGUUCUUACGAAUUCAAAACCCCCACGAAGGUUGAGAAUACAACCCGAAACGACAAAACUUUGUCGACCUCCAAUCCAGCCAGAACGAUCGUUACCAGAAGUUUCUCAAGAAGAGAUGGACGUGGCUCGUAAUGCAAUCUCCAACAACGUUGUCUCGAAACCAUCUCUAACAACAGUUAAGCCAAUAAUCACUUCUCAAGCAGCUGACCAAACCAGCGCUUCUUCCUCAACUCAAGAAGCAAAAGACAACAAUAGAAGGUCCAAUGAGGACGGCACUCGAAACGUCCAUGCAACUUCACUUGAUACCACUCCAAUGAACUCUCUUACACCCUCGAUCAUCCCAAACUCUUCCAAAAGACUCGAGUAUCGUCUUGCACGAAAGCAAGCCGAGCAAUUCAACGAAGAGGCUGCCAGAUUGGUCCUACAAGAAGGGAAUACUUUGUUUCAAAAGAAUGAAGCUGAGAAGGUUCUCAACUAUUCGCCAAAUGAUGCGAUGUUUGGAAAGAUAUCCUCCAACAACAAUGAACAAGAGAGGAUUGAAACCUUUGAGACACGAGUUCGGAAACAAGUGAACAAAAAGUAUCUCAAAGAAGCAAAGGAAAGGCCUUCUUUGAUGAAUCUUUACAACAAAGACGAUUGGGAAAAGGAAAUUACCUUGCAAUCAACAGGACCAAGAAUCAUAUAUUCAAUUGGUGUAGAUCAAUUCGAAAAGCCAUCUCCACACUCAAAAACUGAAAAUGAAUACAUCAGGAAAUAUUUAAAACAAAAUCCAAUUGUUUAG